UCGAGCGUAUUCAGUCAGUCAGUCAGCCAGCCAGCCAGUCAGUGUAUUGUUGGAAAGUGGAGCGCCGGGCUGCAUUCCGCAGAAGAAGAAGUUAUUGGCUGUCCCAUCACUCAGAAAACUUGUCGGCAAAACUUUUUGGGAUUGUUUGAUUUUUAUGAGAGGAGGAAAACGAGGGACAAGAAGAGGGUGAAACAGCGAGGGAAUGGAGAAGCACAAAGUGCUGGACCAGCUCCUGAUGGAGCUCCACCGCUUCCUCCUCAUCCUGGACAAGGAGACCCUGAGUGGGAAUGCUACUAUCCAGAAGGGCUUGCUCUCCGAUCUCCUCCAGUCGUACAGAGCCUCCAAUGGUGCUGAUGAGGAGUAUAUCUACAUGAACAAAGUCAUUGUUAGUGGAAAGGACAAAGACGAGAAAGAUGACGGAUCAGAUGCCCUGGUCAACGGAAAAGCAGCAAAAUAUGUCCCUGUCCCGCAGAAGAGCCUUCCCGACCUGCCGCCCCCCAGAACAGGCGUGGUGGGACGGGAGCCGUUCCCCUUACCUGUCAUUCCUGCUCCAGCCUGUAUAGACACUUCAGAGAGUUACUAUGAGGAGGCUCAGCCUUAUGAGGAAACUUUAAAUGAUCUGGACUGUUUUGGCCUCCUAUCAGGGCCCUGGAUGCGAGUGCAGAGCUCUGACAGUGUGGUCUAUGCCGUUAUCAACAGGGAUGAUGGGGAGGCAGUUAGCAGUUCAUACGAGUCCUAUGAUGAGGAGGAGGUGACCAGAGGAAAGUCGCCGUCAGCGCAGCACCAGUGGCCGUCAGCAGAGGCGUCCAUUGAGCUGAUGAAGGACGCUCGGAUCUGUGCCUUCCUGUGGAGGAAGAAGUGGCUGGGCCAGUGGGCCAAACAGCUGUGUGUCAUCAAAGACCAUCGCCUGCUGUGCUAUAAGAGCUCCAAGGAGCAGACGCCUCUUCUGGAUGUGAGUCUGCUGGGCUGCAGUGUGGUCUACAAGGAGAAACAGCUGAAGAGAAAAGAGCACAAACUGAAGAUCAUUCCAGUGGGAGGAGAGGCCAUUGUGCUGGCCCUGCAGAGCAAGGAGCAGACGGAGCAGUGGCUGAGGGUCAUUCAGGAGAUCAGUCCCAAGCCAGCUGAAAACUGUGACCCCCAGCAUUCUGUGUCUGACUCCUCAAGGCUCAUUUGUACAAAGGGAGAGCUGAGUGAGAGACACUCGGUGGCUUCAGAGAGCGGCAGCAGCACUGACAGCCAUGCAGAGACUCCCGAAAACAAAGAUGUGAAGAAAAAAAGUGGUGCAGGUUUGAAGUUCAGCAACCUCAUGAACAUUGGCAAGAAAAAACCCUCCUCGUUAGAGAGCCCAGAGAAAUGCGUGGACACCUCAGGCUACCUCAACGUGUUGGUGAACAGCCAAUGGCGGACCUGCUGGUGUCUAAUCAAGAACGGGCAGCUAUGGUUUUACCAGGACAAGGGCAAAAACAAAGUGAGCCAGCCAGCUGUGAACCUGGGGGGCUGCAGCGUUUUGCCCGACCCCAGCCCUGAGCACCUGUACUCCUUUCGGAUUGCCAUGGACGGCACACAGCUGGCGACCCUAGAGGCUAAGACGUCCGCAGACAUGGGCCACUGGCUGGGCCUCUUGCUGUCACAGACGGGGAGCAAGACGGACCCCGAGGAGCUGACAUAUGACUAUGUUAAUGCUGACAGGAUUUCCAGCAUCGUCAGUGCUGCCAAGACUUCCUUAUACUUGAUGGAGAGGAGAUAUUCAGAGCCAAACACCUACAUAGACACCCCACCCUCCAUCCCUCACAACUCUGAUGAGCUGUAUGAUGAUGUGGCGUCUAUAGCUGAUCCAGAGGAUGCUGAGGAUAGCGGCCUGCCAGACACUGAGGACAACAAUCUGCAGGAACAUAAUGAAACGUGCACGCAGGACACCAAGGACUCAGUGGGAACGGAAGAGGACGCUGAAAACAGGGUUUACCUGGACCUCGUCCCUCUACGCUCCUUUCUCCAUACGUCUUGUGGGACGAAAGCCCCCCCUGCCAAAGAAACUUGUAGACAUUCUCUAGUCACAGUAGAGGACCAGAAGGACCCCUCAUCUCAAUUGAAAGAGGUCAUUUCAACUGACCGUACUGAGCCAGACUCAACACCUGUGUUAAAUGGAACAAGUUCGACCUCCGCAACCAGCAAACCAGAACAAGAACUCCCGCCGACUCUCACUCCACCACAGCCACAAACUCAACCAGUCAAGACCUCAUCCCAAAGCCAGGAGACCCCCAAGAGGACCAGCCUGGGAAUCCCACAGGUCUUCAACUCCCCCGGGGUCCAGAUGCAUAAAGGAGUGACUGCUGCCGGGCUCCCUCAUAGUCCUCAGCCCCUGCGGCCCAAGGCUUAUACCAUAGGGUGUCCCGGCGCAGUCGAAGGGAAACUGGGCAAGAACCGCACUGAGGCGGACAUGCGCCGCUACAUCGAUGAGCGCGACCGCCUGGAGAAAGAGAGGGAGGAGGUGAGGAGCAGUCUGUCAAAUCUAAAGAAGGAAAGGAGGGAAUGCAAAGAGGGGCUCAGCGCCUGCCAAGACCCUAAGCAGCAGGCCUCAUUAGAAGCCUGUUUAAAGCAGAAGGAGGAGGCGUGUCGGGAGGCAGAGCGGCACAGGGUAGAAGUGGAGCUGCGAUUGGUAGAAGUGAAGGAGAGUCUGAAGAAGGUGGAGUCGGGGCCUUUCACACUUGGAACCACACUGGACAGCAGCCUCCAGGACACGCCCACGCCUAAAGCAGCGACCCUGCCCGCUCCCCAGGCAUCAUUAUCGUCAUCAUCAUUUCAACCCUCCAACAGCAACGUCAGCGCGGACCCGGCCUCCCCUGUCAACUCUGCAUCUGCGCUCAAGAGCAGACCUGCCUCCAUCAUGGCCACCAAAGGCAAAGUCUUGCAGAAAGCUAAGGAGUGGGAGAAGAAAUCCACCACCUAGAGGGAGACCCGAAUGCCCUUUGACCUCCCUUGACCUCUCAAAUCCACAAGUUUUUCCAACCAGACAGUUAAAUCAGCAUACACUCUUCUCUCUCUGAAUUCUUCAUCCCCAUCCCCUCCUUGUCAAGACUAUAAAGAGCCAAUCAGAGAGACGCACAAGCCGUCUUCUCAAAUACCACUGGAUAAUCUUAGUAUGGAGGACUUCUCAAGUUGUUGUUUCUCCAUUUGCUAAAGCGAGGAAAUUGAUGUACCGUAGUAGGAUUUUGGCCAGUCUAACAAUUGUUCCUGAUAAUAAUGCACAAAUGGGAUGUUUCAAUAUUGAAUACAGCCAAACAUUUGAAACCACUGAUGUAUAAGACCCCUCUACAAAAUUUGACAUUUUGUACACUCGAUUAUAGAUUGUAGCUUGGUUCAUAUAUGCUGGUAGCCAAGAUGUAAAUAUAUUUACACCAUUAUUCAGCCUUUUGGCUUGUAUUGCUAGCUAAAAAUGCACUUUUUAUUCAAAUAAAAAUGUACUGACAGCAA